UUGUCACAAUACUACGCUCCCUAGUUUCCGGAAGGAAGCGUUACAUGACAGCAGUGACAUAAACGUGCAAGAUCAGGAUUGCAGCUAAACACACUGCUAGUGCCAGAGCGUAGUAGCUAUGUCUGAUGCUAUAAAAAAUGUGGCAAUAUUCGGCAGCACGGGGAUGACGGGGUUAGCGACCUUACCUAUCGCAGUGGCCGCAGGUUACAAUGUGACUGUGCUGGUGAGAGACGCUGCGAGGCUUCCUGCAGACCACGAGGCCUCCAGAGUGGUGGUGGGAGACGUUCUGAACAAAGAUGAUGUGAAGAAGACCCUGGAGGGUCAAGAUGCGGUCAUCAUCAUUCUGGGGACAAGAAAUGAUCUCAGUCCCACAAUGAUGAUGUCUGAGGGAACCCGGAACAUUCUGGAGGUCAUGAAAGCCCGUGGAAUCCGCAAAGUUAUUGCGUGCAUGUCAGCGUUCCUCCUGUGGGAUCGUGCCAAAGUUCCUCCUCGCCUGGUGCCGGUCACUGAAGAUCAUGACCGAAUGUACACUGUCCUGAAAGAGUCAGGAUUGGACUAUGUAGCCGUCAUGCCUCCGCAUAUUGCUGGUGACAAACCUCUGACUGAAAAAUACACUGUGACUGAGAACAUGUUAAACGGAAGAGUUAUCUCCAAAUAUGACCUGGGCCAUUUCUUUGUCAAGUGCAUUUCUACUUCUGAAUGGGAUGGAAAGACAGUUGGAGUUUGUGGAGAAUAUAGUUAAUCUACUCAGGGGCACUUAGUAAUUAUUGAUUUAUUCUUCGCUGGCCAAAAUGACUUUACUUUUGCAGCAGCCUUAUUUAUUUAUUUAUUUUUUUGCUACUUAUGCCAUUGUAGAAGUGUCAAAUAACUGAAGCUUUUUUUAAAGUUACUGAUUGCACCUAUAAAGCUUUUUUUUUUUUCAUAAACAUAAACUGACCAGCAAUAAACGUGGCUAUAGUUAAUCUUAGAAGUUUUGUUCUUACUGAGAAAUGGAUCGUUGGAGAACUUCGCGCUGUUUGUUUCGCCUUAAGAAUCAUUGAAUGAAAAACUAUGUAAUUUGCCUAAUAAUGUAAUCAUUUUAUGUUCUGUGUUUAAAUAAAUAUG